UUGCAUUGAAUUCAGAUCCUGCGCAUAAAGGACCAAUGGCCAAAUAUCAUCAAGCCGGCCAAAAUAUUUAGUAUAUAUUCAUACUUUUUCGACUGUCAGUGUACUGCCAAAGCCAAAUUGGAACAUUUGAUAUUAACUUUCAAUCAAUUUCGUUGAUCAAAUUCAUCAUUCGAAUAUCCAAAAUCAAUUACGCACAAAGUGUUCUACAUACAUAGUCUAAAUUUAGUUUAUAUUCUGAUAUCGUUUUUUGUGUGUUUCUGUUUGUGAAUUGUAGCACUUUGGAGAGCGUUUAUAAAUGGCUUGGGGUUUUGUUACUUGCGGUCCCAACGAGGCACUUGUGGUUUCAGGAUGUUGUUAUAUGAAACCUCUUUUAGUGCCUGGAGGCCGUGCCUUUGUGUGGCCCACAAUCCAACAAGUUCAAAGAAUAUCCUUGAACACAAUGACAUUACAAGUUGAAAGUCCCUGUGUCUACACUAGCCAGGGAGUACCAAUAUCCGUUACUGGCAUUGCCCAAGUUAAAAUUCAGGGACAAAAUGAGGACAUGCUUUUGACAGCAUGUGAACAAUUUUUGGGUAAACCAGAAUCGGAGAUACGCCACAUUGCUUUGGUCACACUGGAGGGACAUCAGCGUGCCAUCAUGGGUUCUAUGACCGUUGAAGAGAUCUACAAGGAUCGCAAAAAGUUUAGCAAACAAGUCUUUGAAGUGGCCUCAUCCGAUUUGGCCAAUAUGGGAAUUUCAGUCGUUUCCUAUACAAUAAAAGAUAUUCGCGAUGAAGAGGGAGCAUCCAAGGGCUACUUGAAAUCACUGGGUAUGGCCCGUACGGCCGAAGUUAAACGUGAUGCUCGCAUUGGUGAAGCUGAGGCUCGUUGCGAUGCCCAAAUCAAAGAAGCCAUUGCCGAAGAACAACGUAUGGCUUCCCGUUUCCUUAAUGACACCGAAAUUGCCAAGGCACAACGUGAUUUUGAAAUUAAAAAAGCCGCCUAUGAUGUUGAAGUACAAACGAAAAAAGCUGAAGCCGAAAUGGCCUAUGAACUGCAAGCGGCUAAGACUAAGCAACGCAUCAAAGAAGAACAAAUGCAAGUUAAGGUAAUUGAGCGUACGCAAGAGAUUGCCGUACAGCAGCAGGAAAUUCAAAGACGCGAAAAAGAACUGGAGGCCACAAUACGUCGUCCAGCUGAGGCUGAGAAAUAUCGUUUGGAGAAAAUAGCCGAGGCCAAUAAAAUGCGUAUUGUCAUGGAAGCUGAGGCAGAAGCUGAAUCGAUUAAAAUACGUGGUGAAGCUGAAGCUUUUGCCAUUGCCGUAAAAGCCAAGGCUGAGGCAGAACAAAUGAGCCAAAAGGCGGAGGCCUGGCGUGAAUAUCGUGAAGCAGCCAUGGUUGAAAUGUUGUUGGACACAUUACCUAAGGUGGCCGCUGAAGUUGCUGCUCCACUCUCGCAGGCCAAGAAAAUCACAAUGGUGUCAUCGGGCCAGGGUGAAAUUGGUGCUGCCAAACUUACUGGCGAAGUUUUGCAAAUUGUCAAUAAAGUACCAGAAUUGGUUAAGAAUAUAACCGGUGUUGAUAUUGCUCGGUCUGUGCAUGCCGCUUAAAACAAAACUUUGAUUAGAAACAGUCAGUCAGUCAAUCAAAACGUAUUGGAAAAUAAAUGAACUUAACGAAAACAACCAAAUUAUUAAACCUAAUGAAUGAUUUAUAUUGUAUGCAUUUACAAAACUUUAUACACUCUUGUAAUCACCUUUUGUAACACGUGAAUUUAUGAUUGAGGGCAUUAGCAUUUGUAAAAAGAAAAAUAAUCUGAAUCUCAUUGUAUUUUUUGUUAAACAAUUGUGUUAAAUUUUUCCUCCCUUAAAACUUUUUGCAAUUCAAUCAUAGCACAGUCAUCAUGUGUUCAAUUAUUGCACAAAUAGUUUUCAUUUUUUUUGUUAAUUUAUAUAUUUGUUUUGUUUUUUUUAUAAAUACUUUUUGCUAAUAUAAAAUUUUCUCUGUUUUGGUGAAACUUCAUAUUUUUGAAGAAAAUUUACAUGUACGAAAAACAACAAAACACACACAUAAAUAUUUGAAGAUAAACCAUAAGAUUAUACAAUUGUAUUUUGUACUUUUUCGUGUACUAACCAGAAAAAAACAUAAGGCAAAAAUGAUUGUAUUUAAUUGUAACUUUCAUGUCGACAAGAAAAAAAAAAUAUAUACUC